CCCGAGCCAUGGAGACGAGGCGGAGGUGGUCCACAAGGUGGAAAACGAAACGGUGGUCCUGGGACUCCGCUUUGCCCGCGCUCCUCAUCACUUGGACGCUCCUGAGCCAGGCAGCCGAGGUCAAAGGAGCUGAACCAGUCGAUGUGCUCAAAGCAUUAGAGUUUCAUACUUUGCCGGAAGGAAUAUCAAAAACAGCAGGAUUUUGCAUAAACCGAAGGAAUUCCAAAGGAUCAGAUGUUGCCUACAAAGUUUCAAAAAAUGCACAACUGAGUGCCCCAACCAAACAAUUGUACCCAGGUGGAAACUUUCCUGAAGACUUUUCAAUACUAUUUACAGUCAAACCUAAAAAAGGCAUCCAGACCUUUCUUUUAUCUGUCUACAAUGAAGAAGGCAUUCAGCAAGUUGGCAUUGAGGUUGGCAGGUCGCCUGUCUUCCUGUUUGAGGAUCAGAAUGGAAAGCCGGUGCCAGAAGAUUAUCCCAUCUUCAGAACAGUUAAUAUUGCAGACGGAAAGUGGCAUCGGGUAGCCAUUAGCGUGGAGAAGAAAUCUGUUACCAUGAUUGUGGACUGUAAGAAGAAAACCACAAAACCACUUGAAAGGAGUAACAGAGCAGUUGUUGACACCAAUGGCAUCACCGUCUUUGGAACGAGGAUCCUUGAUGAGGAAGUGUUUGAGGGUGAUAUCCAGCAGCUGUUGAUUGUUGCUGAUCCCAGAGCAGCGUACGACUAUUGUGAGCACUAUAGCCCAGACUGCGGUUCCCCUGUGCCCAAUGCUCCUCAAGCUCAAGAACCUGAAAUUGACGAGAAAAAGAACAAAGCCCCAAAGAAGAAGAGGACAGUGGCAGCAAACUCAAAGAACAACCCCCAAAAGUUCACACUCAAAAAAACUGAAACAUUUUCAUCCAAGAAGAAGAAAAGCUAUCAAGCGGCAGCAAAAGGCAAAAUAGGGGCCAAUAUUGUUGAUGAAUAUCAUGAAUAUAGUGUGGGUGAAACUGACUAUGGAACCUCUGAGGGCUACCAGACUGCGACUCCCAGUCGAACGACGGGACCAAAUGAGCAAAUUCCUGUUGAAGAAGUAUUUACUGAAGAAUACGUAACGGGAGAGGAGUAUAACUCAGAGACUAAAAAAACUGAGGAAACAGAUUAUGGAAGCAGAAGAGUAGACCACAGUGAAUCUGAAGUGGUGGUAGAUGGAGAUUUAGGCGAAUAUGAUUUUUAUGAAUAUAAAGAAUAUGAAGAGAAGCCAACCAAUCCCACUAAUGAGGAGUUUGGGCCUGGUGUUCCAGCAGAGACUGAUAUGACAGAAACAAGCGUGAAUGGCCAUGGUGUUUAUGGGGAAAAGGGGCAGAAAGGAGAAGCAGCUGUGAUUGAACCUGGGAUGCUUGUCGAAGGACCUCCAGGACCUCCAGGGCCUCCCGGUCUCAUGGGUCCCUCAGGUACACAAGGUCCCACUGGUCCUGCAGGUGACCCUGGUGAUAGGGGUCCACCAGGACGUCCUGGUCUUCCAGGUGCUGAUGGCUUAGCUGGGCCCCCAGGUACCAUGUUAAUGUUGCCGUUCCGCUAUGGUGGAGGUGGUGAGAAGGGACCAGCAAUCUCAGCUCAGGAGGCUCAAGCUCAAGCUAUUCUUCAGCAAGCCAGGAUUGCCAUGAGGGGUCCACCUGGCCCUAUGGGACUUACCGGAAGACCAGGUCCUGUGGGUGGUCCUGGUGGUUCAGGUGCCAAAGGUGAUGGUGGAGAUCCAGGUCCUCAGGGUCCUCGAGGUAUACAAGGUCCAGCUGGACUGCCUGGAAAAUCUGGCAAAAGAGGUCGCCCAGGUGCAGACGGAGCCAGAGGGAUGCCAGGGGAACCCGGCUCCAAGGGUGACAGAGGUUUUGAUGGCCUCCCUGGUCUACCUGGUGAGAAAGGUCACAGGGGAGAUCGUGGACCACAAGGACCUCCUGGUGCUACUGGUGAAGAUGGAAUGAGAGGAGAAGAUGGAGAGGUUGGACCAAGAGGCCUCCCAGGUGAAGCUGGUCAGCGGGGAUUACUGGGCCCAAGAGGAACUCCUGGCCCACCAGGACAGCCUGGAAUCUCAGGUGUUGAUGGCCCACAGGGACCAAAAGGAAACUUGGGCCCUCAAGGGGAACCAGGACCUCCUGGCCAACAAGGAAUCCCAGGUCCACAAGGGCUUCCGGGUCCACAAGGCCCAAUUGGAGUUCCUGGUGAAAAAGGACCUCAGGGCAAACCUGGCCUUGGUGGACUUCCUGGAGCUGAUGGCCCUCCUGGUCACCCAGGCAAAGAAGGCCAGUCUGGAGAAAAAGGUGCCUUGGGGCCUCCAGGUCCGCAGGGUCCAAUUGGCUAUCCUGGCCCCCGUGGUGUAAAGGGUGCUGAUGGUGUUCGUGGCCUAAAGGGUGGCAAAGGUGAAAAGGGUGAAGAUGGUUUCCCUGGCUUUAAAGGCGACAUGGGUCUUAAGGGUGACAGAGGUGAAGUUGGUCCUCUUGGUCCUCGAGGCGAAGAUGGCCCUGAAGGUCCCAAAGGUCGUGCAGGCCCAUCAGGAGACACAGGUGGGCCUGGUCAAGCUGGAGAAAAGGGUAAACUUGGCGUUCCGGGAUUGCCAGGAUAUCCAGGAAGACAAGGCCCAAAGGGCUCCACGGGCUUCCCUGGAUUCCCAGGUUCCAAUGGAGAGAAAGGUGCAAGGGGCUUGCAUGGCAAACCAGGCCCCAGGGGACAACGAGGACCAACAGGCCCACGUGGGUCAAGAGGCCCGAGAGGCCCAACUGGAAAACCUGGCCCAAAGGGCACUUCUGGGAAUGAUGGACCGCCUGGCCCACCAGGUGAAAGGGGACCGCAAGGGCCCCAGGGGCCUGUUGGAUUCCCUGGACCAAAGGGACCACCUGGACCACCUGGGAAGGAUGGUUUGCCUGGACACCCAGGACAGCGGGGUGAAACAGGUUUCCAAGGCAAAACUGGCCCACCUGGCCCUGGUGGUGUUGUCGGACCUCAGGGACCCACCGGAGAGACUGGCCCAAUUGGUGAAAGAGGUCAUCCUGGCCCUCCAGGUCCACCUGGUGAACAAGGGCUUCCAGGCGCUGCUGGGAAAGAAGGUGCUAAGGGUGAUCCAGGUCCUCAAGGCAUCUCUGGAAAAGAUGGACCUCCGGGACUUCGUGGUUUCCCAGGAGAAAGAGGCCUGCCAGGAGCUCAGGGUCCAGGUGGUCUGAAAGGAGGAGAAGGCCCGCAAGGACCACCCGGCCCACUUGGUUCACCAGGUGAACGUGGCCCAGCAGGUACCGCUGGUCCAAUUGGUUUACCAGGGCGACCUGGCCCUCAGGGUCCUCCUGGGCCAGCAGGAGAAAAGGGAGCCCCGGGUGAAAAAGGUCCUCAAGGCCCAGCUGGACGUGACGGAAUUCAGGGUCCAGUAGGUCUUCCUGGUCCUGCUGGUCCUGCUGGUUCUCCUGGAGAAGAUGGCGACAAGGGAGAAAUCGGAGAACCAGGUCAGAAAGGAAGCAAAGGUGACAAGGGAGAAAAUGGUCCUCCUGGACCACCAGGUCUUCAAGGUCCCGUUGGCGCUCCUGGUAUAGCUGGUGGUGAUGGUGAGCCUGGUCCAAGAGGACAACAAGGGAUGUUCGGGCAGAAAGGUGAUGAAGGCCCACGUGGCUUCCCUGGUCCUCCAGGACCCAUUGGUCUUCAGGGUCUUCCUGGCCCACCAGGUGAAAAAGGUGAAAAUGGUGAUGUUGGUCCAAUGGGUCCCCCUGGUCCCCCUGGUCCAAGAGGUCCUCAGGGUCCAAAUGGAGCUGAUGGUCCUCAAGGUCCCCCAGGUUCAGUUGGCUCUGUUGGAGGUGUUGGUGAGAAGGGUGAACUUGGAGAAGCUGGUAACCCUGGGCCUCCUGGAGAAGCUGGCACAGGUGGUCCUAAAGGUGAAAGAGGUGAAAAAGGUGAGGCUGGACCACCAGGUGCAGCUGGACCUCCUGGCAUUAAAGGACCUCCCGGUGAUGAUGGACCUAAGGGUAAUCCAGGCCCGGUUGGCUUCCCCGGUGACCCUGGUCCCCCUGGUGAACCUGGACCUGGUGGGACUGAUGGUUCUGGAGGAGACAAAGGAGAAGAUGGUGACCCAGGCCAACCUGGUCCACCAGGUCCUUCAGGAGAAGCAGGGCCCCCUGGACCUCCUGGAAAAAGAGGGCCUCCAGGAGCAGCUGGUGCAGAAGGAAGGCAAGGUGAAAAGGGGGCGAAGGGUGAAUCUGGUUCAGAAGGUGCUCCAGGAAAAACAGGCCCAGUUGGACCUCAGGGCCCUGCAGGAAAACCUGGCCCAGAGGGACUUCGGGGUAUUCCUGGCCCUGUGGGAGAACAAGGUCUACCUGGAGCCCCCGGUCAGGAUGGUCCACCAGGUCCCAUGGGUCCACCUGGCUUGCCUGGAUUGAAAGGUGAUCCAGGUUCCAAAGGAGAAAAGGGUCAUCCUGGCUUGAUUGGCCUGAUUGGACCUCCAGGAGAACAAGGGGAGAAGGGUGAUAGGGGUCUCCCCGGCCCACAAGGAUCCACUGGGUCGAAAGGAGAUGGGGGAAUUCCUGGUCCUGCUGGCCCACUUGGUCCUCCUGGGCCACCUGGUUUACCUGGCCCUCAAGGCCCCAAAGGCUCUAAAGGUUCAACGGGGCCUGGUGGUCAGAAGGGUGAUGGUGGUUUACCUGGAGCCCCUGGGCCUCCUGGCCCUCCAGGUGAGGUUAUUCAACCUUUGCCAAUUCAGUCACCCAAAAAGACCAGAAGAUCAUCAGAUGCCAUGUUGUCCGAUGCAGCCGAUAGCAUCCUUGAUUAUACCGAUGGAAUGGAAGAGAUCUUUGGCUCACUUAAUUCUCUGAAGCAGGACAUUGAGCACAUGAAAUACCCAAUGGGGACUCAGAACAACCCAGCCAGAACAUGCAAGGAUCUACAGCUCUGUCACCCGGACUUCCCAGAUGGAGAGUAUUGGAUCGAUCCUAACCAGGGUUGUUCUGGGGACUCAUUCAAAGUGUACUGUAAUUUCACAACGGGUGGGGAAACUUGCAUCUACCCAGAUAAGAAGUCAGAAGGAGUAAGGAUUUCAUCAUGGCCAAAGGAAAAUCCAGGAACUUGGUUUAGUGAAUUUAAGAGAGGCAAGCUGCUUUCCUAUGUGGAUGCUGAAGGCAAUUCCAUUAAUAUGGUCCAAAUGACAUUCCUCAAACUACUGAGUGCCUCCGCCCGACAGAACUUCACUUACAACUGUCAUCAGUCAGUGGCAUGGCAUGAUGUGUCUUCUGACAGCUAUGACAAAGCACUAAGGUUCUUAGGCUCCAACGAUGAAGAGAUGUCUUACGACAACAAUCCUUACAUCAAAGCUCUUCAUGAUGGCUGUGCAUCAAGAAAAGGCUAUGCAAAGACUGUUCUUGAAAUCAAUACUCCCAAAAUUGACCAAGUGCCUAUUUUUGAUGUGAUGAUCAAUGACUUUGGUGAUCAGAACCAGAAGUUUGGAUUUGAAAUUGGUCCAGUCUGUUUCCUUGGUUAAGUUUAGAGCAAAGAGAAGAUCAUCCACAGAAAAGAUACACCUUGGUGCCACCACCAACCCACCUGAUGCCACAUGCAAGUUUUGAAUAGGGAUGGAGUCAAAAAUAUGUCUCACUGUGUAUGUAUGUCUUCUCUAGAGAACACCCACUGCCCCUGUAGGACCAGAAUCACAUGAUUUAAACUUAUUUGGCAAAUUAUGAAGGAUCCUGUGGGAGAGAUAGGCAACAUAGGGUUAAUUUCAUGAACAUCCACCCCACCUAACACUCCCAUGAUUUUUUGGUGCUGUAAAAUUGAAUGUCAUGGUGCUCCUUCUAUUACAACGUAAGAGGUGCUAAGAAGGUAUGUUAAAUAAACUGUAAUUAUUUGAUGUACAGUACAAUGCUGUCUUUUUCCGUGUCCAUUUCCAAAACUUGCAUGUGUCCUGAAUUGAAACUGGCUCUUACAUUAUAAUAAUUCCAAAAUUAUGUUGUCAAUACUGUGUAUGUAUUAUGAAAAAUAAAGUUGUAAUUUCCAGUGAAUCCAAUUCCAUAUUUUUUCUGAUUAAUAAUAUUAUUAUUAUUAAUAAUAAAAAAAAUCCCUUUGUAUAUA